AUGUCCGACACAGUGCACGACCUCAGCGCGACCCCCGCCGCGGGGCAGCGGAUCAAGCACGACAAUGUCGUCUACACCACGGUCAAGGAGGGUCUUGCUCACAUUCUGGUUCCCGAGAGCACAGCAAAGGAUGGCCAGACGGUACAGCAGGUUUUCUACAACCCGAUUCAGCAGUUCAACCGCGACUUGACCAUUCUCGCGAUGAAGGCCUACGGGAAGGAGCGCAUCGAGCUGAAGCAAGCCGCCAGCAAAGCCCGGGCCGGCAAGUUUGCCGACAAGAAGCGGAAGCGGCGGGAGCAAGCACAGGGCGAGCAGGCACCAAUUGAGUCACCAAUUGAGCGGUCGGCCAAAUCCCCGAGGCUGACCGAAAAUGCGACCGAGUCCACCGAGGCGCAAGUGGACAUCGCAAUGCCGGACGCAACGGAGCAGCCUGCGCCGGAGGAACCCGCAGAUUCCAGGCAGCCAGAGAAAGCCCCUGCCGAUGCGGAAGCGGGAGCGCCAGCAACUGACGGCAUUGAGACAAAGGAGGCCAAGUUGACAUUCACCAUCCUUGACGCCCUAUCGGCCAGCGGCCUGCGUGCGCUGCGCUACGCGCACGAGAUACCGUUCGCCACCACGAUAACAGCCAACGAUAUCCUCAAGGCAGCCGCGGCCGCGAUCGAGCGCAAUGCCACCCACAACGGCCUCCGCGACAAGAUCAACGUCUCAGUAGACGAUGCCCUCGCCCACAUGUAUAACGUCGUCGUGAAAGAGCUGCGGCGGGUUACUCUUUCCAAGAACAAACCCGGGGCGAGUGAGAAGUACGACAUUAUCGACCUCGAUCCGUACGGAAGUGCUGCCCCUUUUCUGGACGCUGCCGUUCAGGCCGUCCGUGACGACGGCGGUCUUCUCUGUGUCACUUGCACGGAUUCAGGCGUAUGGGCGUCCAACGGCUACCCGGAGAAAUGCUACUCGUUGUAUGGCGGAAUCCCCGUGAAGGGUUGGUAUUCGCAUGAAGUGGGCAUCCGGCUUAUUCUGCACGCGAUCGAGACCUCGGCCGCGAGGUACGGCCUGGCGAUGGAGCCGCUGCUGUCCCUGUCAGUUGAUUAUUACAGCCGGGUAUUUGUUCGGAUCAGGAAAUCUCCAUCCAUGGUCAAGUUCCAAGGAGGCAAGAAUAUGAUGGUUUACAGCUGUGGCACCGGCUGUGGCGCUUGGACGACGCAAUUGCUCAUGAAAAACAAGCCCGCACCGAACAAGAAGGGCGACGGUAUGUUCUACAAGCACGGCUUCACAAGGGCACCAACGACAGGGACCUCGUGUGAACACUGCGGGUCAACGAUGCAUCUCGCAGGCCCGAUGUACGCGGGGCGCAUUCACUCACCUGAAUUCGUCAAGAAGGUGAUCGCAGAGACGGAAGAGGCAUCUUCAGAGGUCUACGGUACGAAGGACAGAGUCAGGGGGGUGCUGCAGACGGCCCUUGAGGAGUUCUUGCCGUCUCCCGAGGAGAUGGAGGCUGAAUCAAAGGAGAAUGGCGACAAGACCAAAAAGCUCAAGAAAAGUUUGACGGAAGCGCAACUGGCCGCUAUCGAUCCGUAUCCUUUCUUUUUCCAUCCCGCACACGUAUCCGGUGUUCUGCAUUGCGCCAGCCCUCCAGAGAACGCGGUAAGGGGCGCUCUACUCGGACUUGGAUAUCGCGCCACGCGGAGCCAUUGCAAACCGGGGAGCAUGAAGACGGAUGCGCCAUGGCCGGUCAUCUGGCACGUCUUCAGGGAAUGGGUCCGCCAAAAGGCACCGGUCAAGGAAGCGAACAUCAAACCUGGCAGCGUUGCCUACCGGCUUUUGGGUCUGGGGAAGCCAUCCGUGGAGGGCCCGGCCCCUAGUGCGACAGAGAACGGCAACGGGGAGAGCCAGGCAGCGGACAAGACCGAGGACCAAAAGCCGGAGGAGAAACCGGCAGAGGAUAACGCCGACAAGAAGCCAGAGGUUGUCUUUAACGAGCAACUCGGGCAGUACCAGGACAGGAAGAACUGCUCCGCCCAUGCUGACGCCGGCCCACUACACCCGCACUACUUACAACCGUCGCAGCCCGGCAGUGAUGGCGCAAUUUAG